GUUAUCACAGCUCGCUUCUGCAAGAAUCUACGAGCCUAAUGUAAGCUCUUUCUUAAUUAACCGCUUGAUCUAGAUCCCGUAAGCUGCUUUUCCCUCUUAGCCUAAUUUCUGUAGAGAAGCACCUCAAGAGAAACCAUUUUGAUUAUAAAUUCAGAGAUACAAUACAUACGAUAUUCAGAAAUAUGAGAAAAGCUGAGACUAAGUCGAUCAAGUCCUCAAAACAUAUGAGUCAGAUGAUAAAAUAAAGAAUUCAAUAGAAUGAUAAACAAACAUACUAAUCAAGAUCGGGUGAUGACAGAGCAAGGUAUCCAAAUGGCAAAAUUCAGGAUAUUUGAGAAAAGAAGGAAAGAGGAGCUGAAAUACAAAAAGAACAAGUAUUACUCAGAUAAGCCUUGGAAAUUGAUGAACCGUUCAAAUAAACUAUUGCGGUCACUUAAAAUGUUCGACAUUGGAAACACCAGCUCAAGCACUGUAGGAAACCAAUAUGGUUUCAGAAGCGGAGAAUGGAUUAACAAAAGUAUAAAAAUCUCAGAAUCCGGCCAACUCAAAACAAUCAAGCUCAAUUCCAAACAAUUCAAACGCCUUAAACAACUCUGCCGUAACUCCAGGUCAGCCUAA